AUGUCACAAGGUAUCCUUUCUCCACCAGCUGGUUUGCUGUCUGAUGAGGAGGUUGUAGUCUCCCCCAUGUUUGAGUCCACAGCUGCAGAUUUGGAGUCUGUGCUUCAUAAAGACCUGCUGUCAGAUUGCUCUGUCAUCUCCACUUCCCUGGAGGACAAGCAGCAGGUUCCAUCUGAGGACAGUACUGAGAAAGUAAACUUGAGGGUUAGGCCCUUGUUGCCUUCAGAGUUGGAACGGCAGGAGGACCAGGGUUGUAUCUGUAUUGAGAAUAAUGUGGAGACGCUUGUUCUACAGGCACCCAAAGCCUUUGCCCAGAAGAGCAAUGAGCAGGGAAUUGACUAAGUCACUCACAGGUUCACCUUUUCCCAGAUCUUUGGGCCAGAAGUAGGACAAGCAUCCUUCUUCAAUCUGACAGUGAAGGACAUGGUAAAAGAUGUACUCAAAGGACAGAACUGGCUUAUCUAUACAUAUGGAGUCACCAAUUCAGGGAAAACCCACAUGAUUCAAGGUACUAUCAAAGAUGGAGGGAUCCUGCCCCAGUCCCUAGCUCUGAUCUUCAAUAGUCUCCAAGGCCAACUUCAUCCCUUACCUGAUCUGAAGCCCUUACUCUCUAACGAGGUAAUCUGGCUUGACAGCAAGCAGAUCAGGCAGGAGGGAAUGAAGAAACUGGCCCUGCUGAAUGGAAGCCUCCAAGAGGAGGAGCUGUCUACCUCCUUGAAGAGGAGUGUCUACAUUGAAAAUGGGAUUGGUACCAGCACCAGCUUUGACAGUGGCAUUGCUGGGCUCUCCUCCACCAGUCAGUUUACCAGCAGUAACCAGCUAGAUGAAACAAAUCACUGCUGGGCACAGCCAGACACUGCCCCCAUAAGUGUCCCUGCAGACAUUCGCUUCUCCAUCUGGGUCUCCUUCUUUGAGAUCUACAAUGAACUGCUUUAUGACCUGUUAGAACCACCUAGCCAGCAACACAAGAGGCAGGUUCUGCGACUGUGUGAGGAUCAGAAUGGCAAUCCCUAUGUGAAAGAUCUCAAUUGGAUUGAUGUUCAAGAUGCUGAGGAAGCCUGGAAACUCCUGAAAGUGGGUCGUAAAAACCAGAGCUUUGUUAGCACACACCUGAACCAGAACUCCAGCCACAGUCAUGACAUCUUCUCCAUUCGGAUCCUCCACCUUCAAGGAGAAGGGGAUAUGGUCCCCAAGAUCAGAGAGUUGUCACUCUGUGAUCUUGCUGGCUCAGAACGCUGCAAAGAUCAGAAGAAUGGUGAGCAGUUGAAGGAAGCCAGAAAUAUUAACACUUCUUUGCAUGCCUUGGGCCGCUGUAUUGCUGCCCUAUGCCAAAACCAGCAGAACUGGUCAAAGCAGAACCUGGUUCCAUUCAGCGACAGCAAAUUGACUCGAGUGUUCCAAGGCUUCUUCACAGGCCAAGGCCACUCCUGCAUGAUUCUCAAUGUAAAUCCAUGCGCAUCUACCUAUGAUGAAACCCUUCAUGUGGCCAAAUUCUCAGCUAUUGCCAGCCAGCUUGUGCAUGUACCACCUGUACAACUAGGGUUCCCAUCACUACAUUCAUUCAUCAAGGAACACAGUCGGCAGGCAUCUCCCAGCUUAGAGACAGAAACUAAGACAGACCCAGGCCUUGAUGAUGACAUUGAAAAUGAAGUUGACAUCUCCAUGUAUGGCAAAGAGGAGCUCCUACAGGUGUUAGAAGCCAUGAAAGCAUUGCUUUUGAAAGAACGGCAGGAAAAGUUGCAGCUGGAGAUGCAGCUCCAUGAUGAAAUUUGUAGUGAGAUGGUGGAACAGAUGCAACAGCGUGAACAGUGGUGCAGUGAACAUUUGGAUACCCAAAAGGAACUAUUAGAGGAAAUGUAUGAGGAGAAACUAAAGAUCCUCCAGGAGUCACUGACAAGUUUUUACCAAGAAGAGCUUCAGGAGUGGGAUGAGAAGAUUCAAGAGCUAUAAGCUCUCUUGCAGAAAGCCAGACAACAGCCAAUGGCCCAUCAACAACCAGGGUCUGAAUUGUCCUUACGGUGGUCCCAAAGGUUGGCAGCUUCUGCCUCCACCCAGCAGCUCCAGGAGGUUAAAGCUAAACUAGACCAGUGCAGAGCAGAGCUAAAUGCCACCACUGAAGAGCUGCACAAGUAUCAGAAAAUGUUAGAACUGCCACCCUCAGCCAAGCCCUUCACCACUGAUGUGGACAGGAAGUUAGAGGAGGGCCAGAAGAAUAUAAGGCUGCUGCAGACAGAGCUUCAGAAACUUGGCAAGUCUCUCCAGCCAGCAGAAAGGGCCUGUUGCCACAGCACCAGGGCAGGAAAACUUCACCAAGCCUUGACUGCUUGUGAUGACAUCUUAAUCAAACAGGAUCAGACCCUGGCUGAGCUGCAAAAUAACAUGAUGUUAGUAAAACUGGAUCUUCGGAAGAAGGCAGCAUGCAACACAGAGCAGUAUCACACUGUGCUGAAACUCCAAGGCCAGGCUUCUACCAAAAAGCGUGUUGGGGCCAACCAAGAAAACCAGCAACCAAACCAACAGCCCCCAGGAAAGAAACCAUUUCUUCGAAACUUACUUCCCCGAACACCCACCCACCAAAGUUCAACAAACUGUAGCCCUUAUGCUCAGAUCCUGUGCUCCCGAAGCUCCCCUUUACUCAAAUCUGGGCCUUUUGGCAAAAAAUACUGA